CCUGACACAAUCCAGAUGGUUUCCAGCUGUUCUUCCUGCUUUUAGCAGCUGGAACAGUUUGAUCCUCGUUGUGAAACAUGAGGCUCUGCUGUCAGUCAAACCUGAGUUAACUUAACGAGUUAACCAGCGUCACGACUGAGCCUGACUGUGAUUGUUAAGUUCAGCUGGAACACUGACGGACAUCCUGGAUAUGUGGAACUCACGUCUUUUUAGAAUCAGUUUGUGUGAAAAGUUUGUGAUUGACAGGUGAAGUUGAUGGACCUGUCUCCUGAUUGGUCGAUAAUGUAGAAGCGUUGUCUGUAACAGAGGCGGGGUUAGGGUUAGUGUCAUGUGGGGGCGGGGUCCGUGCUGCAUAAAGCAGCAGCUGCAGCUUCCUGUCAGACUGAGGAGAACAUCAGAGGAGACAUGGAACAAGCACCUGGAUCAGACAUCAACGUCUCUGCUCGGUUCCGCUCCUGCAUCAACGCCUCCUAUCAGCCUCCAAUCAGAGCAGUGUGUCCGUACGGCACCGGUCAGCUCAUCCUCAUCGUCAUGGUAACGGCAUCCCUAAGCAUCGUCACUGUGCUCGGCAACACGCUGGUGAUCAUCUCCAUCAAAGUAAAUCGCCAUCUGCGGACCGUCAACAACUACUUCCUGUUGAGCCUGGCGGUGGCCGACCUGAUCAUCGGCCUUUUCUCCAUAAACCUGUACGCUCUCUACCUGCUGCUGGGCCGCUGGCCACUGGGGGCAGCGCUCUGCGACAUGUGGCUGGUUGUGGACUACGUGGUGAGCAGUGCCUCUGUCAUGAACCUGCUGAUCAUCAGUUUGGAUCGGUACUUCUGCGUGACACGCCCAUUCAGUUACCCGACGUGCCGGACCGGAAGGAUGGCCAUUCUGAUGAUUGGAGCAGCCUGGCUGUUGUCGUUUGUCCUCUGGGCCCCCGCCAUCCUCUGCUGGCAGAACGUCGGGGGCAAACGAUUCGUCCCCGAUGGAGAGUGUUACACGCAGCUGCUGGCCAGUCCGGCCGUCACUUUGGGGACGACGCUUCCUUCCUUCUACUUCCCGGCCAUCGUUAUGAUCGUCCUGUACAGCCGUCUGUCCUCCGGCAGCCGCAAACGACUGAGCGGUCUCCAGUCAGCGCAGGGCACGCUCAGGACAUCCAGUCUGUCCAUUAAAGACUUCCUUUUUAAGCGAUGGAGCUGGGUGACCAGCGACCCUUGCUCAGACCUGUCUCUGAACCAAUCAGAGUCCAGCACGCCAAAGACCAGAAGGAACCGGAGGGUGUCCAGAAGUCCUGGAGACACGUCAGAGCUCGCAGACAUCUGUCUGUCCCGUCAGCAGUGUCGCACCAGAUGUGAAGAUAACAACAAAAUUGAGAGUGACUCCUCGUCCAACACCGACCUCCACAGGAGGGCGUCUAUGGCGUUUUCCACCUGUCCCAGCUUCAAGUCCCAGGAAACUAGGAUGCAUCGAGUGAUGGCAAGGGAGAGGAGGGUCACCAAGACCAUCUUGGCCAUCCUGCUGGCCUUCAUCCUCACCUGGACGCCCUACAACAUCAUGGCCGUGAUUGCAACCUUCUGUCACUUCUGUAUCCCAAACAGCCUGUGGACCAUCGGAUACUGGCUCUGUUACAUCAACAGCGCAAUCAACCCGGGCUGCUACGCCCUCUGCAACGUCACCUUCAGGAAAACCUUCUGCAGCCUCCUUCGCUGUCGCCGCACCAAGUUCCGCUGACACACGGGUUCUCAGUCCAUCAGGUAAAGAUGGAGGUUGGUCCCCUGAUAUGUCAUUGUCUCGUGUCUGUCUC